CACACCGUCCGUGGGUCCGUCCGGUCCACAGCAUAUAUAAGAAAAGUGCAGCCGUAGUAAUUGAUUGAUGCGAUGAUGCAUACGCACAAAUCACUGAAUUCAUUAGAUUCGUGGGAGGACCAAAACCCUCAGGAGAGGCAGGCUCGUCGGGUCUUGGGUCCGUCAAUCACGGGCAGAGAUGACAGUGGCGCAAUGGCUGUUGAGAGCCACUAGUCGCUGUCACCUGCCCGUCCUCGACGCACCCAAGACGAUACCGUGCCAUCCAUCCCCUCCCUCUGUGUCGAUGAUGCAUCCAUCGAUCCAUGCUAUGCAUUCUCUCACAUGCGCACACAAUAAAUGGCCUGGCCACAUGCACUCGUAAUAAAUGCAUAAACAUGGACACGACACACAUCAUGACAUGAUGCGCACACCUCAAUGCACUCACUGCCCCCUCCGUUCCUCCCUCUAGUGGUAGGUACAUCACAUGCACCACACGACAUCACACGACACGACACCAAAAUCCCUCACUCACUCCACUCGGCGGCUGGCUCAUCCGUCGCUCCUCACUUCCACACUGCCUCCGCUGCCUGGGUGUAGCCCCCGAUCGUCUGCAGGGCCACGUUGCCAGUGCCCGAGGCUGCUGACCCCCGGCGCGCUGCCGCCGCUGCAGCCGCCUGUUUGUUCUGCUCGCGGAGUGAGUGCAGCUGGCCCUUGAGCAACCCCUCGCAUGAGCGAAUGCCCAUGUCGAACACCAUGCCGCAGCACGCCACAGCUGACAUACACACAACAGAGAGAAAGAACAGAUCACUCGACCGCUAAGUACACAUGGCCGGCUGCCUUUGUGCCGUGUUGUCCUUACUCUGUGCGGCGGCCUCCAAGACCGGCUCGCACUCCUGGUUUUGCUGCAAGCAGAGUCAACGAGGGAGAGAAAUGAACAGCCGGCCAGUGUGCUGUGCUGUGUCCUCUCUCCUCCCCUAGCUACCAUGAGCAGAGGGUCGUCUUCGGCGGCGUCCUCAACAGGAAGACGAUUCAGAUCCUGACCAGCCAGCACAGUACAGACGGCUUGCAUUAACCACCUCUCCCGCGUCCUCAUCCAUUCACAUCAACUGCUCACCGCACGUCGCCCAUUGGUGAUGUCGCCAGCGAGGCUGCCCGAGUCCAGCGACUGCUGCGGGACGGCGCGCCGGCUGAGAUCUACUCUACGGCUACCUGCUCCAGCACCAGGAGUGGAGGUUUGCGUGUCGGGCGCCAGAUCAGGUGAGGCGAAACCUGCGUGGGACACACACACACAGAGAGAGAGAGAUGGACACCUACUGGCAUGCAUGACAGCAGCCCGCACACCUGAGGCGAAGGGAUGGGAGGCGUCGCUGCUGAAAGUCGAAUGCCACACCUGGCUGCUGUCAUUCCACAUGGUGCCGCUGCUCUGCUGCAUCUCUGCGUAGGGCAAGAUCUUCUGCGCAAGAGGGGCGAAAAACAUCG